GCACAGACUACUUACAACAGGCGGAGAAGGAAGGAGGCGUGAGUGAGUGUGACACUACGCUAACGUCGUUUUCGGCUGACCGAAAACAACCCCAGUGUGUGUUGGCGGUCAGUAAAACAGCAGCCGUGCCCCGCCGCGCCCCCACCCCCAGCGGUGCCGUCAUGUGGCAAGAGGCCCGCAAACAUGAGCGCAAGCUCCGUGGCAUGAUGGUAGAUUACAAGCGCAGAGGGGAGCGACGACGAGAGUACUAUGAGAAGAUAAAAAAAGAUCCAGCUCAGUUUCUCCAGGUUCAUGGCCGAGCCUACAAGAUCCAUCUGGAUCCUGCUGUGGCGCUGGCUGCUGAGAGCCCCAUCAACAUGAUGCCAUGGCAAGGAGAUGCCAACAACAUGAUUGACAGGUUUGAUGUACGGGCUCACCUGGACUACAUCCCCACCUACACACCUCCACUGCUCAACACUUCAACCCCAGAGCAGGAGAUGGAGGAGAGAAAGUCCAAUUAUGAGCGAUACAGAGGCCUAGUGCAGAAUGACUUUGCCAACAUCUCUGAGGAGCAGUGUUUAUACCAGAUAUACCUGGAUGAGCUGUACGGUGGCCUGCAGAAACCAAAUGAGGAUGAGAAGAAAAAACUGGCUGAAAAGAAGGCCACUAUUGGUUACACCUACGAAGACAGCACUGUGACGGAGCCUGACCCUGAGUCAGAGAAAGAUGAAGAGAAUUCAGAAAACAGUGAAUCCGAAGAGGAUGAGGGCAUCCCAGAUAUUGAUGUGGAGGUUGAUGUGGAUGAGUUGAACCAGGAACAAGUGUUGGACCUCAACAAAAUGGCAACCCCAUAUGGAAUGGCUGAAGGAGACUUUGUUAGGAUGUUGAGGAAAGACAAGGAGGAAGUGGAGGCCAUCAAACAUGCCAAGGCUCUGGAGGCGGAGAAGGCCAUGUAUUCUGGCCGGCGUUCUCGCAGACAAAGGAGAGAGUUCAGAGAGAAGAGACUAAAAGGUAGACAGAUCAGCCCACCAAGCUAUGCCAGGAGAGACAGCCCAACAUACGAUCCCUAUAAACGGCCAGAGUCGGAGUCUAGCUCUGAGUCGCGGUCACGCUCUCGUUCUCCCGGUCCAGAGAAGAUCACCUUCAUCACCAGCUAUGGAGGCAGCGAUGAUGAGGCUGCAGCAGCAGCUGCUGCAGCAGCAGCAGCAGCAGCAGCAGCAACAACACAAACAGCCGCUCCUCACUCUGGACACGCCCCCUCCAACUUGCAGCACCCUGCAGGUCAUAGCAGGGGCUCCCGGAGACGAAGGUCAUCCUCCAGUCGCUCCCCUUCCUCCUCCUCCCGCUCCUCAUCUCGGUCUUCCUCUCGCUCUUCUUCCCGUUCACGUCGUGCCAGACGUGGACGCGGGGGAAGGGAGGGGCGGCGAUCCCGGACCCGCUCACGGUCGAGACGGCAUUCCAGAUCUCACUCCCGGGGUAGAGGAGGAAACGGAGGGGCCGCAUCCUGGAGGAGACGUGACCGGACACGAUCGCGGUCUAACGACAGAGAGCGAGAGAGGGACAGAGACAGGGACCGUGACAGGAGACGAUACUCGUCGCGCAGGCGGACAAGGUCCCGUUCCAGCUCACGGCAGGGGGGCAGUUCGAGGCGAAGGGGUCGGAGCAGUGGAGGCCACCGGCGGGGAGACAGCGGUAGCCGCAGUCCCUCUCAGUCCCCCAGUCGCCCCAACCACAGUCCCUCCCCUCACAGAGGAGCCCAGCCCUCUACCAACACCGUCUGUGACAAGCUAAGAAAGCCUGAUACUCCGGGUGGUAAAGAGACGGGAGCUGCCAAACCCAAGAUGACCCCACAGGAGCGGCUGAAGCUACGAAUGCAGAAGGCGCUCAACAAGCAGUCCAAGGCGGAUAAACGGGCUGCUCAGGUUAAGAUCCAGCAGCAGGAACACAAACGACAGGAGCGAGAGGGAGAGCUACGAGCCAUGGCACGCAAGAUACGCAUGAAGGAGCGUGAGAGACGUGAGAAAGAGAGGGAUGAAUGGGAAAGACAGUACGGGCGACAGAGCCACUCGCCUUCUCCUUCCAAAUAUGGCCGAGAGCACAACUCACACAGAAGGUAUGUGAGAAGCCACAAGAGUCUGCACAGCUCCGAUGAAGCAGAAUGAAUAAUGGAGGUCACGGUCACGGUCUCGGUCACGGAGUCCAUACUACAGAUACUGAGCAGCGUAAAACAUCCUACAGUAUCUUUUUAGUAAAGGACUGUCAUUGGCGCACAUACUGUCCAACAAACGGCCUAAUAACAUGGAAAUAUGAAGAGAUGGACUGACUAUGGCACAUAUCUUUACCUGAACGCUAUGUUCUCUGGUAUGUGUCUACAGAAUAUAACAUUUUGGCUGUGAUACCUUUUUAGUUUCACUAAUUACACCACUGAUUGGUUGAGCCAAGCGUAAUUUGUUCUGCCCGUUUCCUUUUUGCUUCAUCUUGUAAAGACACUGCAGGUCUAUUAAAUGAGUUUCUGGUUUCUUCUUUUGCAUGCUCCUUUUUUCUUUUUCUGCCUGAACACUUCUUCUCAUUUCUUCGUUUGCAUUUCAAAGUACAUAGUACUAAGCAAUCCAUCAGCCUUUUACUUUUCUCUAACAAACACUCACACUAAAGACCAUUUUAAACAACUUUCAUGAGCUAUUUAUAUACAUCCAUUUCAAACUUCUUUAUUAAAGAAUACACAGUUCAUCUCUAUCUACCACUCUUUUUAUACUCUGUCCUCUGCCAACCGGUAACAGCAGCAACAAAUAACUUUUUGUUGUCGGUAAUGUGGAAUGUUAAAUACAGAAAAACAAAUAAAACUGACUUUGAAAUUA